CCUACCCUCAGAAACAAAACAAAAAAAAACCCUAGAGAGCCGUCGAGGCAGAACCUUGAAGCAAGGGUUUGGGAAGUGAACCAGAGGCUACCGAUCAAGAUGACUUUCAAGCGAAGGAAUGGCGGCCGCAACAAGCACGCCCGUGGCCAUGUCAAGUUCAUCCGUUGCUCCAACUGCGGCAAAUGCUGCCCCAAGGUCUUUAAGCAUUAUUUUGAAGAGUUAGAAGAGGAACCACUUAGACAUAACUUUGUUGUAGUGUACGAACUACUUGAUGAGAUGAUGGACUUUGGCUACCCUCAAUACACUGAAGCAAAGAUUCUAAGUGAAUUUAUUAAGACCGAUGCUUAUAGGAUGGAAGUGACACAAAGGCCACCUAUGGCUGUGACAAAUGCUGUGUCUUGGCGCAGUGACGGCAUAAAUUAUAAAAAGAAUGAAGUACGUGUAUUCUUGUGAGAGAUAUUAACUGAUAUUGAAGCCACUGGAUUAUUUAGAAUGAAGUACGUGUAUUUUU